UGGCAACCCUGUCUGUUGCAUCAUCUAAAAUAAUUUUUUCUUCACGUCAAUUAUAGUUUAACUAAUAAACAACAAGUUUGCCAAAGCUCAGUUCCAGCAUUAUAUUUCCUUUAAUCAUUGUUUAUGUUUAUUAUCCUAGUGCUGAUAUGCCGCUAUUCCCGACAUAUAAAGCCAGCUGUCCGGAGAACUCCCCAAUAGAGCAUUCCUCCAGAGAAUCCCUCAGUCACCAGUUUAACUUUCCGCAAGAAUACUUGAACCAGUCGUGGCUUAAAACCAUGGUGGUGGACCAUGAUAAACCUGCCAAAUACACUUAUCCCAUCCAAGCCACCAAACCUUAUGACAGGGACAUGUGGACUGUGUCCAGCGAUCACUGUUACUCCAGGCCGUGGGCUUGGCAGCCCGAAUCCGGAUUUUUGAAGCCGACCAAGGCACUUUUCUCACCCAGGAACAUCAAUGUGAAGCCCCUGUUUUCUGCCGGGAGCUUCUCAUCAUUGGAAGAUGAGCAUCUCGAUGUCGAAAAUGAUGCAGAGACUCUCACUCCAGUGUAUGACUUUGACAAGGCCAAAGUGUUGAUGGAAGAAUGUGAGAAACAUGUUUUGGGUUCAUUUCGGAGUGGUAAUGACGAUGGGGAUUGGGAGGAAAGGAUUAUUAAAUCCAACUGGUCGUCCACACAACACAGACUGUUCAAUGGUUUCGUAAACAUCCUGAACAGUUUUUACUUAGGCAAACUGACUUAUAUGGGCCAACAAAACGAGCCCGUUUUACGUCGCUCAAUUAUCGAUAAGGCGGUGCACAGAGUGAGACGUCUCUUUAACACCGUAUCUUACGAUAUUAAAUUGUUACAGUGGCUACAUCAGUUAUUACUCGAUAAUCUUGACCAGCACAAUUUGCCCCUCUACUUGGACACUUUACAGACCCUUAGAUCAAAAAUCCCAAAAAUAGUUGAUCGGAUUUUAAAUAAUGGUGGGGCGACGGUUCAAAAAGGGCCCCUGACCAAUGAAAACUUGUUGCCUCUAUUGAAGAAGCCCUGGGACCCCAUGGAGGAGGCUCUGCAGCAAGACAAACCCAAGAAGUUACCAUCCAAUCCGAUCAUUGUUUUGAUGCCUUGUUCCCCGGGUGCCUCUAAGAGGAACAACAAGUGGAUGGAGCUAUUGUCCAGUUUGGCCCAAGUGGUUACUGUACCAACAAAUUUCGGUACCGCAAGUACCCGUAUGACCAUGACCAACUGUAUCGACCAAAUGUUCUCAGUGACCCGAGGGCGAAUUCAGGAAGUGCGCGAGAACAACCCCGGCAGGAACAUCAUCUUGGCUGGAGUCGGUGCAGGCGCUACCCUGGCCCUGCAAGUGGCCCAAGUGGAAAACGUCUUUUGCAUCGUCAGUUUGGGUUUUUCGAUGUUAACGGCAGAGGGUAGACGUGGCGAACCCGACGAUAAUUUACUCGAAUUGCAGUCUCCGGUUUUGUUUGUUAUCGGACAGUGUUCCAGUACGGCUUUCCAAGAAGAUAUGGAAGACCUGAGGGGGAGAAUGCGAAUCGAAACUGGUCUUAUCGUAGUCGGGUCUGCCGAUAAUAAUCUGAUCGUUAGCAAGAAGAAGAAGAGAGAAGAAGGGAUCACUCAAAAGAUUGUGGAUAAAAGUAUUAUCGACGAAGUCGGUGAAUUCUUAAGUAAUUUAUUGCUCUCCCCCUACCCCCCGCAAAUAAGACAGUCGCCCGCCACCGUUCCCCCCGACCAUCCUCCACUGAAAAAAACCAAAUUAGAAAGGAAACGUUACAAUUCCAACACGAGUUCGAUUGAUAGCGAACCCCCGUCCCCCACUCCGACCCCACGACUACCCAGACCGGGCAUUCAUCGAAAACUGGGUCGGCCCGCAGGAAAAUCAACAAAAUGCAAACUGGAAGCGAAAUGGGCGGCGCAGGUGGCCCAAGGUACCUCCUCCUCCAACUCCAACACCGCCCCAUUCCCGUCCCGCUCCGCCGCCUCAACCCCUCCGCCGUCACUCGACCAAUCCAACAAUUACACCCCCUCGUCCUCCGAAACCGCCUCGGCCACCGGCAGUCCCAUAGCCUCGCCCACCGAUAUGAUGGCCACGCACACCGCCUCACCUAGUAGCAAAGGCGGCGGGGGCGGCAGCAAUAUGCCGCCCUCCAGCAAAUCAAGGGAUCAAGCUCGAAUGCAAGCGUAUCAUUUAGGUCGAAACGUGAUGCCCGGUGGCCAACUGUCCACCCUGCUACAGGGGGGCAUCAAGACGAUCCCGCCGGUGCACAAUUCCAAGACUUCUUCGCCCCAGAUUAAGGUCCUCGAGAACGUAACGCUUACGUCGCAGGCCACGGCCAAGUUAAUAACGACGACCCCUGCCGGUCGCUCAAUUGAUUUCUCUAAAUUGAAUUUAGGGCAAACGACGACGACGAGUACGGGAGGGAGCAACGUGGUGCUGCAACUGCCCGAGGGUAAACUGAAGAGUUUGACGCCCUCCAGGUCGAUCACGAUGAAAACGAGCGCCGGGACGCCGAUCGUUUUGUCCCUGCCCGGGAAAGUGAAUCCCGCUAAGAGUAAGUUUAUUAGUACGCCCCACCCUGGAACCCCCUUCGGGAAAUUUUUGACCACAAGACGUCUACCGGCCAGGUCGACACCUAUAAAACGUCAAAACUUUAUUUCCUUCCCGAAGCCUAUAGGGGCGACCGCGCCGCCCUUGCCGCCCCCCACCAACCUGACCACCCAGGACAUCAUGGACUUGCCGAUCAUAUUUGCGGACGAUAACGAGGUGUUGGAUCCGAACGUGCCGAAUGACUUGUCAACGAAUUCCGGAUCUACGGGCGGCAGUGGGGAUCUGGGGACGGCACCUCCCCGUGGCCCCGUGACGAAAUUCAUCCCCCCGACGUCCACCAGUAAAUUCGUCUUAGUGAAUAAGCCGGUGUCCGGCUCGGGCCUUAGCAAUUUCAUCAUCACCCCCUCAUCCGGCGUGAAACGACCGAAUCCGGUCGCGGGGGGGGUUAAACAACCGACGAAGUUCACCAAAAUCAUUUUGUCGAAGAAGGCGGUGGAACCGCUGAUUAAUCGAAUGGGCGGCGGCGGCGGUUUCGUCGCCCCCACCGCCCCUCCGUUAGAUUUGGAGAGUGAACUGGUGGCCACGGCGGUACCGAACCCUAAUUUUACAGGGGAUAAGUCUGAUGAUGUUGUGACGACAAAGGGCGGCAAUUUUGAUCCGGAUCAAAUGUUUAUGGACGACGAUGAUCCCGAUUAUGAGCCCCCGAAGAAUUUGAAAUUGUGAUUGUUUCGUUUAUAAUUUGAGUUUUUUUAGUUAUGAGGUUUUUAAAUAGUGUUUAAUAAACUUACUAAAUCUCUCA